UUACUUUCACUUUUACUGUGACGUGGAUCUUCCUACUGAAGAUYCAUCAGGGAACAGAAUCAACUUUAAGGAAAAUCAGCGGCAACUCGAUGAAGGAGGACGGUGUGUGAGCAGAGCAGCAUGGAGGACGGAGAGGACGCAGUCCGUCCCUCUGGACCGUCUCAGUGUGGACAWGAGGACCAGAGGUACAGGUGCCUGGAUGGGCCAACUUCCUUCUGCUCAUCUCAGAAGAGUGCUGCGUCCAUGGAGCCGCCGCUGCAGUUCMCUGGAAAAGAUCGAAUCUUUCCCACGCAUAACUGCUUAUCCAUUGCUGCGUCCAUGGAGCCACCACUCCAGUUUGCUCCCAACAGAGUGGACCUUCAGAGCUCAGAGAUUCCCACUGGUCCGUCUGUCCAGCAGCACCAAACAGAGCUGGACUCCAUAUUUAUGCUGCUGGAGGAAAACAUUGUCACAUUUGUGAAGAACGAACUGAAGAAGAUCCAAAAGGUUCUGAGUCCAGAUGACCCAGGAUGCUCAGAGGGUCAGAGUGAGGAUGAGGAGGCGAUGGGGGGUGAGGAUGAAGAGCAGAGAAGGAGCAGCAGAGAGGCAGUGAUGAAGAUCACCCUGAACUUCCUGAGGAUGAUGAAGCAGGAGGAGCUGGCUGAACGUCUGCAGAGCAAACUGGUUCCUUCACCUUGUCAACAUAAACUUAAAUCCUCCCUAAAGAAGAAGUUCCAGUGUGUGUUUGAGGGAAUCGCUAAAGCAGGAAACCCAGCUGUCCUGAACCAGAUCUACACAGAGCUCCACAUCACAGAGGGAGGAACUGGAGAGGUCAAUGAUGAACAUGAGGUCAGACAGAUUGAAACAGCAUYCAGGAAACCACACAGACUAGAAACAACAAUCAGACGAGAAGACAUCUUUAAAGUCCUACCUGGAAGAGAUCAACCAAUCAGAACAGUGAUGACAAAGGGAGUGGCUGGCAUUGGGAAAACAGUCUUAACACAGAAGUUCACUCUGGACUGGGCUGAAGACAAAACCAACCAGAACAUCCACUUCAUAUUUCCAUUCACCUUCAGAGAGCUGAAUGUACUGAAAGAGAAAAAGUUUAGCCUUGUGGAACUGAUUCAUCACUUCUUUACUGAAACCAAAGGAAUCAGUAACUUUGAACAGUUCCAGGUUCUGUUCGUCUUUGAUGGUCUGGAUGAGAGUCGACUUCCUCUGGACUACAACAACAAGGAGAUCCUGACUGAUGCUACAGAGUCCAGCUCAGUGGAUGUUCUGCUGACAAACCUCAUCAGGGAGAAACUGCUUCCCUCUGCUCUCCUCUGGAUAACCACACGACCUGCAGCAGCCAAUCAGAUCCCUGCUGAGUGUGUUGGCAUGGAAACAGAGGUCAGAGGGUUCAAUGACCCCCAGAAGAAGGAGUACUUCAGGAAGAGAUUCAGAGAUCAGGAACAGAGCAGUAGAUGA